GCGACAUGCACUUCCGAUCGUCUGCCGGAAGUAUUUUGAUUACUGUUGCUACUGGUGAAGCGAUUCUUUAAUUGAUGGUCAGUGCGCCGUGUAAGGAUAAAUACUCGAAAGAGAAAGUAAAAUUGAUCAGUAAACGGAAGUUUUAUUUAUGUAAAUGAUUAUCUUCUUAUCAUGCUUGCUCAUAUGUAUUGCAUGAGAAUGUGAAGUGUUUAAACACCUACGAAUAGAUAAGUCGAUCUACCGCUUUAAUACCACGUAUGUAUAUUUAUCGGAUAUAUUGGAAUUUAAAGCAUUUGUGUUUAUAUCGUUAUGAAGGUUAAUCCUUUACCUGUAAUCCAGUGAAUCAGACGGCCAGAUAGCUAAAAUAAAUGUCGUUUAAGAAACUUCUCAGGGAAUUAUUUAGAUCUACCUUAGUUUAAGUGUUGUUAACAAUGUGUGAAUCAGACCACAAUUAUGACGACAGGGAAGUUACAAAUAGCUUGAUAGAUUUAAGUGAAGUGUCUAUAUAUUUUAAUGACAAUAAAACAAAGGGUUCAAGAUCUGCUGUAGAGUGGACAAAUGCAAUCACAGGAUGGAAAAAACCAAAUGAUAAUGCUUUAAAAACAAAUAACGGUAACACUAUUAAAAAGAAACGAAUUGUGGAAAGAUCACUUACUGAUCUUACUUAUGGCAAUGGUUACUCGAACCAAAACUUUGGAGAUGAUUAUUGGUCUAAUGGCUCAGCUCUUGGAGAGCAGAAACAGGCGGUCAGGUGUAUUGGAGAUGAAAUGGAAACAUUUCCUGUUCCGCCGUGGAAAUCCAACAUUGAACAGGGUACAUGUAGGUAUAUACAUGAUAAUGGUAGUUAUAGGACGCUGAAGUUUAUGUAUGAUGACAGAAAAGAAUGGUAUACUAUGCGAAAAAAACGUCCAGAGAAAGUUUCAACUACAUGGCAUCAUACAUGUAAAAGAAUGCAAAGGGAAAUGAAAAGACAAUUAAAGAAAGAGCUGGCUACUGCUGAACGAGAGCGUGACAGAAAUUUAAAUCUGAAAAGUAGACAAAGUAGUGCUAAAAGUAGUACUGGAUAUACGAGUGCAGAAGAAACCCAUAUAUCUACAGGUAGAAGCUUGCUGUCAGUAGAAGAAAAUUUGACAGAAGCUAAAAAAGGAAAUCAGUAUUUUGAACAAUCUGUCGAAAAGGAACCACAACAGUCGAUCCAUAAUGAGCUUUUUAUUGGUAGGGAGCAAUCAGUCAAACAUAAAGAAGUGGCAUCAAAUGACACUAGGUUAUCUGGUAUUGAAUAUGUCAAACAUGUUCGUAGGAAAGAAACUCGGGUCAGAAGUACUCAUUCGGAUGGUGCUGUUAAUCAAAAAGGAAAGAUGAAAACAAUUCACGAAUCAGAGCCAGUUACUCCUGUGCCUCAUUAUUCAAUACCAUCUGGUAGCCAGAUGAUUAAGUCAGCGAGCGAUCUUUUUAUUGAAAACUUCUCUACAAGAAUAAGUGCUUUAGAGGAUGAAAUAAAAAAAGAUUCAAAAUGGUUACGCAAAAAUGAAAAUGAUUUAACUAAAAUGCAAAGUAAUCGCCCAAAAUAUAGAGAAGCUGGCCGUUCUAAUUUCAAAGACAGUUUGACACCUCGUGGCCCAAUCAGAACGGAACACCUCACUAGUGAUAUUUUCAGUGUAAAACCGAUGGCUCAAAAAGAACUACGGCCAUUGGACAAAAUAAAGAAUGGAAAUAAGACAAAUAAUAUGGGAGAUUUCAUUCAGAAUGAGAGAUAUGGCAAUAGCCCAAACAAAAAUAAUCAUAUUAAUCAUAAUGGUUUUACAAACGCCAAUAACAACAAUAUGGAAUUAGACAGAGGACCUAUCUAUAAAGGUGCCGAUGAUAUCUGUAAACAAGGACUUUUUGAUACACUCACAGGUACAAAAAUCAAUACACAAAACAAUAAAAAGACAUCAAAAGGAUUUUCAACUCCAUCGACGAUCACACUUUGUGAUAACGGGUCUAAUAAUGGGAAUACUAGUCAACAUGUAAACGAAAAAGCAGGCGAUUUAUAUAGGCCAAUACCAAUUGUAAUUGAAAAGAAACACGAGAAACGGGGAACCUUGCAAAAUGUACCAGCAUUGCUACCAGAAAUAUCAGGAAAACGAUUGGAACCUACCAGUGUAGGUCACAGGUUAAUGUGAUCAUACUGAUGCAUGUCUUUUAAAAGUAAUUCUAUACUGCCAUUUCCUAUAAGUACUUGUUUCUAUGAUUACAGUACCGAAAGCUGCCUUAUUAAUAGAAAAUUUCAGUCAUUUCAUUUUGUGUAUGUUGACUGCAAACUUAAUAGUGUUCUCAUGUUAUAUGUUAACCAUUCCACGUUAACUAUUUACAAAUUUGUAAACGGGUCUUCAUAGCAAGUCUUUUAAAUGAUUAAUUGAUUUUGAAGUCAUCCAUUUUAUUAGAGUGGAUGUGUCUUUUUAAUGUUUAUUAUCUCAAUUAAAUUUUAUUAAACCACCAUUAAUAUUCAUAUUCAAUAAGAUAUUCCUCUUUGAAAAAUUGAAUUAAGUACAAAACUUAAAACGAUUUAUUUAAAGUGAUUAACAGUGUUCUGGUUAUUUAAUACUGAUAUUAAAGUUUAUUGAUUCGUCCACAGUUGUUAAUAAAACUGGUAUCUAAAAAGUCUUAAAGACUAUUUUUGUUACUGUAAAGAUUCAAUUUUCACCAACAAAGAACUUAAUUAUAAAAUUCUGCAUAAACUUAUUGGGAUGAAUAAGUAAUGAGUUAUAAUGGCUAUUUCUUCUUACAUUCUUUGUGAUUGGACAUUUAAAGAGACUGUAGAUGAAUAAUUAAUAAUAUGUCUACCAGUGAUAGACAAAAUAUCCUCUGUUUAUCUCUCCUGUAAUUGAUUCUUCUGUUUAAUGUUUAAAUGAUUGAACUGGUUAAUAGGGGAGCUAAUCAGUUACUUGCUUUGAAGAAGACCCAGUCGUUAUGAUUAAUAGAUUUUCCCUUACUUUGAUAAAAAAAAAACUGGAUUUGGCUCUGUAUUGUCGUGAGCAGUUUGUACUCGUCGCAAUAUUAUGUCUCAUAAUGCAAUAUUUUUGUUCAAAAUAAAUGAUCAUUCUCUGUUAUAGCACACAUACCUUCUUGUGUAUCUAAUUGAAAGUCUCCCGGUAAGAGUUAUGUAACUUAUAGAUUUUUCUAUGGAAAAACUAAGCUAAUAUUUAGUUCAACGGAUAUGUCUCUUGAGCAGUAUCGCGCUUUAUUCUAAAAGGCAUAUUUUUUUUCUCUCAUGAAUUUCUUUUAAAAUUGUUGCAUCUAAAAUUAAUUUGGGGAUACAAAUGUACUUGUAUUAUCUAUUGUUUCUGUUUCAAAAUAUUGCCUAUGUUUUAGGUAUUUUCUCAGUUGUAGUGGAAUAUAUAUUUUGCAUUUAUUUUGUAAUGGAAAGAAAUGAUGGAUUAGCCAUGCAUUGAUUUUAACAUAAUCGUGUAUUGUACUUACACAGACAAAUAGUUUAAUCUGCGAAAAAGAUUAAAAUAUACUUUUUGAUAAUGCAAGGUCAUGAUUUAAGUUAUAUUUUAAGCUUAUUUUAAAUAUCGAUUUUAUGACUGUUAAAGUAUUAAAUCCAUUUUAAUCUGUAGGUUAACUGUGUGUCAAUUCGUAGAUAUCUCUAUUUUAAUCAUAUGACAGUAAUAAUGCGAUCAAAAUUUUAAUCAUAUGACAGUAAUAAUGCGAUCAAAUCCAUAAAUAGGUAUAUUUUACAGCGAUUUACCUUUAUUAAUUAGCGUUGAAAUAGUGUCAAGACUGGCGGCUGACUGCAGGAUGAGACGAACUGUAUGAUUUUAAAUGCGCCGUCUUUUCACUUAUUUUAUUUAAUAUUUAAAAAAAAACUUUAAUGACAUAGGAGAUUAUAAUGAUAUGAAUACAUGUUAAAAUUUAUACAUGUAUAUUUCUCUGCAUUAAUUAUCGAGAAAUGCCGCCAUGGCCUGUGCGUUUCGCUAUGUCCAAUCGUCUCCCGCACGAAUUGCACUGUAUUUAAAGAAAAUAAAUAAGUGCAAACCUUAACGUAAAAAGAAACACACAUCCAAAACGGCAAAUCAAAAUAAUUGCAGCGAAACUAAAUCAUGGACGUUAUUGCUAUAAGUUUGACCCAUUAACAUGCUAGCUACAUCAAGACGAUGCAUUUCCAAAUAUCAAGGCCAUUCAGGUUAAAAUAAAACAUGCAGAAUUAGUUAUAAGAAUUGCUAACGUUUUCUGCAUCUGUUCAUUGUAUAAUGCGUUUACAAGCAUUUAUUGUUUAUUGUUAUUUUAAAGAUGUUUAUUUUAUGUAUCAUGCAAUAUUGCAAUAUAUUAUUAAAUCUGGUAAUUAG